AUGAGUGACGCGAUACACAUACAAAAGGCUGUAAAUGCCGGUCACACUGAAAUUGCCCAGCAGAUUAAUAAUGUCUACGACACAGAUGUUAGUAAUCUCCAGAGAUGCGACAGCAUCGGCUGGAUCCUAUACAAUGACAAUUUCUUGCAAUGGCGCGGCGAUCCAGAACAACAUUUACUCUGGGUCAGAGGCGAUCCCGGAAAAGGCAAGACGAUGCUUUUAGCUGGGCUUAUCACAGAGCUAGAGGAAGUGUCAGAUGAUGGUGUCUUUUACUUCUUCUGCCAAGCGACACAACCUCUUCUGCGAACUGCAUCGUAUGUGCUUCGCGGUCUUAUUUGGUCCAUCGUUUGCAAGAGACCGACUUUAAUCUCCUACGUUCGCAAGGAAUACGACCAAGCUGGUAAAAGCGUGUUCAGUAACCACAACGCUUGGCAAGCGUUAUCCAGAAUUCUUACGGCGAUCCUCGAGGAUAGGGCAUCUGCGGAUUUUAUUAUCAUUGUUGAUGCUUUGGACGAGUGCACCGAAGGUCGUGAGAAGCUUAUUGGCUACAUUAGCCAGUGCUCAGUCUCGUGCAAAGCUAAAUGGAUCAUCUCUAGCCGCAAUUGGCCUGACAUAGAAUCACAGCUUGAUGGAACACAAAGCCAAGUUCGAUUACACCUGGAACUCAACCACGCUUCAAUCUCAAAUGCAGUCCUUCAAUUCGUUGAUCGCAAAGUUGCCCAGCUCAAUUCAACUUACGAUGAGUCUGCUCGAGUCCAGAUUCGCAACCAUCUUCUUGACAACGCUAAUGACACAUUUCUUUGGGUUGCUUUGGUAUGUCAAGAACUGGGAAAGCCCGGUGUCAAUAACUACCACGGUUCCAACAUCCUAAAAAGCUUUCCAGCUGGACUCAACGAGCUUUACGCAAGGAUGAUAUGCAACAUCAAAGAGCGAGAUAUGCACUGGUGUAGAGCUAUCCUUGCCGUGAUUGCUGUUGCUAUAAGGCCCCUGAGUCUUCAGGAGCUAGCCGCAGCUGACGAAACCCUUACCGAGUGGGUUGAGGACGAAAAGGUUCUAGCAAACCUCGUUACAUCUUGUGGCUCCCUCUUGACCAUCAGAGAGCAUAGAGUCUACACUGUUCAUCAGUCGGUCAAUGACUUCUUACGCAAUACGCCCAAGGUCCUACCUUCAGGUAUAGGGCAACAGCAUUACUCCAUCUUCAACUGUAACAUGAAUGCCAUGCGCAAUCGGCUCCAUCGAAAUCUCUACAAUCUCAAAGACAGCGGUGUCUUGAUCGAUGAGAUAGAUGUUUCGGAAGAUUCAUCUCUGACUGUUGUUCGAUACGCCUGCGUCUACUGGGUUGAUCACUUCUCUUGUGUUAUGAUAUAA